AUAAUUUCGGACACGUUUGCCAAGUGUUUCUUCCCAUGAUCGAGUAUCUUCCGAGGAAUUACACCUCGAUUAGUCUUGUCGAGUAACAGGAAUAUCGAAGGAAUUUAGUGCAUCUGCAAAUGAAGAGAUUUAAGCAACGUCCGAAUUCUUCCUUGGAAGACAAAUAUGUUUAUAUGAUACGAUGGGACGCGUGUGUGUGGAGCGAUAGAUUUGUCUCGUUUCACGGCGACGACGGAGGAACGGUACUUGCUACAGAGAAAGUCCCGGGACCGCGAGAGGCUGUAAAACACAAAAGGAUGGAUACUCGAUGGUCAGUGAGAAAAAGAAGGAACAGAGGGAAGAGAGAAAGGUUGCCGGUGUGAAUGGAAGGAGAGACUUGGAACACGUACAGCAAUAACGAUACCGGCAACGAUGACGCCGAUGACGAGGACGAUGGUUGUAGGAACGGCACCGGCUAAAACUCGCUUGCUUGGAGUUUAGUAGGAUCAUUUUGGAUAAUCGUGUGCAUCAUUGCUGAAAAAUAUGGUCAUCGGAAGGCAUGGUUUUUAGAACAAGAAGGAGGCACCAAAUUUCGAGACAGGAGAUUAAGUUUAGGUUAGGUCAAAAGUCUCGGGUUUCUAAUGAACGCAAGCACCAUACCUCACGUCGACAGAAUGUCAAACAUCUACAACAACUCGGCGGUUCGAUUUUACCAUCAUAUAUUCCACGACCUCUCCGAUCCUCGGACAAGGGAGUGGUUCCUCAUACCAUCGCCAGUACCUGGUGCUAGUAUCUUAAUCGGUUAUUUGUAUUUCGUCCUAUCAUGGGGGCCGAGGCACAUGCAGCACAGGAAACCGUACCAAUUGAAGAACAUUCUAGUCCUUUACAACUUCCUGCAAGUCCUACUCAGCACCUGGCUGUUCUACGAAGGCCUGGACGCGGCUUGGCUUCGAAAGUAUAGCUGGAAAUGUCAGCCUGUCGAUUUUUCUAAUACACCAGAAGCCCUCAGGAUCGCCAAAGGCGUGUACAUUUAUUUUCUGGCGAAGAUUUCGGAACUUCUGGACACGUUGUUUUUCGUGCUAAGGAAGAAAGAGAGUCAAAUCACGUUCCUCCAUCUGUAUCAUCAUACCGUGAUGCCAAUGGUCUCAUGGGGCGCCACCAAGUAUUAUCCGGGAGGACACGGUACUUUCAUAGGCGUCAUUAACAGCUUCGUGCACAUAAUCAUGUACACGUAUUAUUUGCUAGCGGCCUUACUACCUCAAUAUCAGAAGUACCUGUGGUGGAAAAAGUAUAUUACGACUCUUCAGAUGGGUCAGUUCUGCCUGGCAUUCUUGCACAGUUGUCAGCUGCUGUUUUACGACUGCGACUAUCCCAAAUGGUCUCUCAUUCUCAUUCUGCCAAACGCGGUAUUCUUCUACUUCUUAUUCGCCGAUUUCUACAGUAACGCGUACGAAGCUGAUAAGAAGCAUUCGAAAUCGAUAGAAGGCAAGGAGAACGGAGUCGCGAAGAAAGUGGCAAAUGGGAACAUGUACAACGGAAAAGGGAAAACGGACUAGUCUGGGACUGAAGGAAAAAGAUACAAAUGGCAAAAGAUGGGAAUUUUACCAGAAUAUUCAUGUGUCGCUGUUAGCUUUUCGUUUAACGUGUCGAAAGUGGAACGUCGAAGGAUCGGUAAAGAAACGACGAUGCGUCACUUGGAAUGUCUCAAUGGAUUUAGGUGACUGUGCUACUGGUACUUCGACGUCGAUGGCUCCGUGGAUCAUACGAUUGCACUUUUGACAACCAAGCUUUCUUCAGAAUUUUCUACGCUUCCACCAGGAAAGCUGGAGAGACGAAUUUGUUUCUUCUUAUGUUGCUUAUCCAAGUGGCGACGGAGGAUAUAUGGUUACAGAUGUCUAUCGUUUCUCCUUGACUCCAUGCAACGAAAAAUCACAAGAAUCUUUGACUGAACGCGUCAAUUAAGCCCGUAACUGUUUAAGAAUGUAGGUUUAGAUCGAUGGCGACGAUAAAAAUUUAGGAAGAAUAUACGUGCGAGUACUGUUUAAAUUAGUAUAGAAUAUAUCUGAUGAUCAACUUGGAUAAAGUUUGGUCUUGUAGAUCUGGAAUCACGAGUAUUUUUGUCACAAAUUGCAUAUAACUGAAGGCAGGAACCUAAAGAUUUCAAUAUAGAAAUACUUCCAAUAGAGCUCUUUAUUAAGUCUCCGGUUAGACAAUAAAUUGAGGCAAAAAUUGAAGAUUGUUCUUCCAAAAGCUUUAAACUACCAGAUAGUUAGAAACGAGGUUAAUAUUAACUAGCAUUUAAAUGUCGGCUGGAUCUCGAUCAUCUGAAUUUCUAAGACUACCUAAAUAGCAAUCUUAAAUUUAAAGUAACAUUUAAAGGCUGUUCUACCAACUUUUUCAUUACUCGACUUUCCACCGUUAAAUCCUACUUUUCUUGAAAGGCCAUUAUAUUUAUUGAUUUACGAAGCGCAUUUUACGACGAAGGAUUUCAUAGAAGAAAUUAAAUAGGUGUUCCACUUCAAGUGCACUCGAGGCAAAUAAUCGAGAGUUUACGUCGAUUAUUGUCAAUUAGUUAUUAAUCGCAGUUACGUCCCGUUUUUCACAAUUACGCAAAGCAAGUAAGAGUCACCGAUUAUAGGUCAACUUUUUUUCGCCUGCGCAUGAUAAAACGAUUUUAUAAAUGAAACGUAUUGUAUUUUCGAAUCCCUACGAUGUACCGAGUUCCAGCUAUGUACCUGUUCAAGUGUUACGACUUGCUCCACUUUUUAUCGAUAGAUUCUUAACGGUCAAUUUUUUAAGAUCAAUUUGUCAUGGUUUCAGGUGUAAAAUUGUUGAACAAAAUUCGAAUUAUGUUAGAGAUCUCUGUUUAUCUUGUAUGCGCUUUGUCUAACUCUCACGCUUGGAAUCCAGCUGGAAAGAGCAUCUACUUUUCAACUUACAAACGAACGGAAUUUGUAUCAAAUGUCAAAUCUGUUUGGUUUCGAUCUUCGUGGAUUCUUAACAGACGAUAAUUAAAAAAGUUUGUUCACGGUUAAUUAUCAGCAAGACGUUAAUGACUGAUAACUUGGAAACCAUUUGCGGUAGGAGGAAGAAAGCCUAGGAAAUAUGUCACGUUGUAUACAUAUGAUUUAACGAGAACGAAUAAUCGAAUAAUUCAGUCCAAAGAAUAUGGCUUUAAGCAUACCUUGCGAGCUC